AUGGCUACCCCUCCACGCACCAUCCAAACACGCCUCACCCACCUCCUCAAACACUGGCCCGUAGACAAGGUCCGCCCGGCCUCCGUCUCAGUGCAAGCCUACCUGCAAGCUGCCCUAGGCCAAAAGCCCGAGGUUGAACCCAAGAAGUCCAAGGCCGAUCCCGAUGCCGUGCCCUUCAGACAGCCCGUGAUCUCCGAGUCCUCCGCAAACGCGUUGCAAGCACUCCUUGAAGACCGCUUUUCCCGUCGCUAUCCCAUGUCGAAUAAGAUCCGUUACCCGGCCAGUGACCCAGAACACUACGACAAUGUUGUGCGCGAGUUCGAGGAGGCACCGGAUCGGGACUUCUUUGGUCGCAUAAAGGCUCGCUUGGGUGGAUUGUUCCGGUUUUCGUGA